AUGGCUUCGCACGGCAUGAACGUGUCGCGCAGCUUGCGCCUCCUGCUCGCUUCAUUGGCUGCUCUCAUGCUCUCGGCCUGUGCGCCCAGGCGCAACUCUCGUCAUGCCUUCCUCUCCUCUCUGUUCCUUCCUGCCCAACAUGCACCAGACUCGUGUGAGCAGCUCAACUGCGGCGCCCAUGCGGCGUGCGUGCAGGACAGGGGCGACGCCUCCUGCGUCUGCAACGCUGGAUUCGCCAUGACCCCCACCGGCUGUGUUGACACGUGUGUGCUCAAGAACUGUGGGGCUAACGGCAAGUGUGUGAGGACCCCUGCAGGAGUGGCGUCCUGUGUGUGUGCCACUGGCUUCGUGCUGCAGCCUGAUGGCGUCACUUGCACCGAAGCCAUUGGGUGCGAAGGCGUUGUGUGUACUUACGAUGGUGCGGACUAUGGCCAGAUGGCAAACUGCGAGAUAUCACCUGUCACAGGGAAACCCUUUUGUGUUUGCGAUUUCUGGAUGAACGAAUAUAUGGCACGAGACAUGAACUGUGUUGUGACGUCCCCCCCACCCUGA